CUCAGGUUGGACUUAAUGCUCAAAGUCCUUCAAGACUGGAUCUUUUGUUGGAGGACUCGUACGCCAUUUCUUGACGUACGGGGACCUCUAUGUAACGAAAGUUUCAAUAUUGUAUCCUCAACCUGAAUAAGUGGGACCCCAUCAAAGACAUACAGACCCCGUAUCGUGGACUUCUACUUUUUCUCCGAUGCACAUGAAUCAUCCCCGUUUGAUUUGGCCAGAGUCAGCUUGAGCGUCAUCUCGGCUGAACCGGUCUGGUCCAUCAUGAUUCUUAUGCCGAUAAUGCACUGGACUCCAUUUGUUCCGGAUACCACUUCUCUGCGUGUAGCCUCCUUCUUGCGUUGACAUGGCCGAAACGGACUACCCGUUGAGGAAUCAAGACAGUGGUACAUUGAAAGAGGAGAAAGACUCGACGGUUACUGCUGUAGAGUCUCUGGACUUGCAGAGCAACCACUUCGAUCAUGGAAUUCGCGCGUGGGGGACCGUCGUAGGAUCAUGGCUGGUACAGUUUUGCAUUAUUGGUGUCCCUCUAUCGUUUGGCGUCACGGAAAGCUUCUAUGCCCAAAAGUAUCUCGCAAAUUACACUCCUUCUCAGAUCAACUGGAUAGGGUCACUACAACUAUGUCUCAUGUAUCUCCUAGGUUUAGCGGUUGCAGGACUAUUCGAUGCCGGGCAUUUUCACUUCAUAUCUAUCACGGGGUCUAUUUUGUUCCCUUUCAGCAUUUUCAUGUUAUCACUAGCCCAGGAAGGACAGUACUAUCAAGUGUUUCUAUCUCAAGGGCUCGGGAUGGGGAUUGGGACAGGAAUAAUGUACACUCCCACUUCUUCUGUGGUUGCUCACCACUUUAGAAAACGAAGGAGUAUGGCUAUGGGAAUUAUCACCACCGGUAGUGCCAUUGGGGGCUUCUUUUUCUCUUCAAUAUUCGGUCACUUCUUGGAUGGAUCCAUUGGGUUCACGUGGGGGAUUCGGAUUGGAGCUUUCGUGUGUCUAGCGUGUCUAUGCACCGCAAAUUUGCUGAUGCGGACAAACUAUCCUCGGGGUCAAACCCCUCGGCCAGCACUAUCAUCGACAGCGACACCCUUAGCAACACUUCUCAGAACGCCAGCCUACAUAUUCAUGAUCCUUUAUGGUUUUGCCAUUUCUCUAGCUCUGUAUAACCCCAUGUUUUCAGUCCAACUUUUUGCCCAGGAGCAUGACAAUAUACCGAAGACUCUAACGAGCUACCUGCUAGCUAUUAUCAAUCUCAGUAGCACACUGGGACGAACUAUUCCAAACUGGCUAGCCGACCGUUAUGGCGUAUUUCCUGUGUACAUCCCGUGUGUUUCUGCUGCGGGUGUCCUGGCGUUAGUCAUGAUGGUCUGCACCACAGCAGCAUCGAUUACCAUCUUCUGCAUUCUCUACGGGUUUUUUUCCGGCGCUUGCGUAUCACUCUUCUUCCCUGCUGUGUUAUCUCUCGAUCCAGACCUGACCCGUUCCGGCCUUCGACUUGGUCUCGCAUCCGUCCCCGUCGGUAUCGCUUCCCUCGUGGGUACGCCAAUUGAAGCGGCAGUUGUAGGCGAAAGUCAUAAAUGGUGGGCUGGAAGCGUCUUCACUGGGGUAUUGGAACUUACAUCGGCAGGUCUGUUAUUGGCGGUAUAUAUUACAAAACCACGGGUUUCCAUUCCGGCUUAAA